GUUAUAAUUGAUAAUAAAUGUAAAUAAACAACGCGCACAACUAAUUUUUUAAGUUAAGAGUUAUCUGUUUAUUGAAGUUUUAUUGUCUAAGUUAAAAGCGCAAGCUAACCAUGUGAAAAGUUCAGUGCUAUUUUUUUAAAGGUUUUCAUGACCUUUACCUUUACAUUAGCACUCUAAGGAGUUAACGUUGUGUUAUUGCGCACACUAGUUCAUCGUCUGAAGUGACUUUCCUUUAGCAGACAUGACUACCUUAUCAGGACACUCAUAUGCCUCAGCACUUGCACAUUUAGUAUUAACAGGAUCCUCUUGUUGGGCCCUCAGUAAAAUAAACAGCGGAGUUCAUGGCAAGUAUGCACUAGGUGCAUACUGCUUGCAUCUAGCUCAUGGUGUCAUAGGAUUGUUCCGAUAUGCUAUCCCUCAGCAUAAAAGCAACUACAGGUUUCUGCAAAUGAUACGGGCAGUGUACCUCCGAAUCAGACUUGUCAACUCAAAUUUGGCGCUACCCCUAAUGACAGUUCAAGUAGCAUUACUGUUGAAGCCAGCAUGGCAGUCUUUCAUACUGUUUCUGCUUGCCAUACCUAGUCUUCACGUUUUGAGAUACUGGGUUCAUAAACCAUACUCUGUACCUGAGUUGGAAAUCUUUUCGCAAACCCUUUGUUUGGGAGCUCUUGGCUACUUGAGCUAUUCAGAGGGCAAUGACUACGGGUAUGCGCUCUUAUUCAGCUGUUUUGCUGCAGUACUUAUCCACCGAAUGACUGAUGAGUUUUCUCGCAGAGACUUAUUUGUUUACGCUCUGUCAUUUUUUGUAUUUUUCUCGUACAAAACUUUACACUCUAGUUUACCAUUUUACUACAGAUAUUUUUACUAAAAAUCAUUGUUUAAAGCCACUGAAAGCUCCCGAUUGUGAAGCCUCUGAGUUGUCGUGUGUCAAACUGUCAAGUAUUUUGAACCUUCUUGAUUUUUAUCUGCAAAGAAUCCAUUGAAUCAAGUUGUGACAACAGGUGUUUUUGGUAAUUGCCUUAUGUUUUGUUCUUUUUUUUCAAAAAAAAAAAAAAGAAAUAAAUUAAAUAUUAUUUUUCUUCAGUUAAAAUUACCAUUCAAAUGAUUUUACACGUUGAGAAAUUUUCAUCGAAAGUUUGGCUUCUAUCAAAAAAAAAUUUUCAUCGAUUUUGCUUUAUGUGAAAAAAAAAAAAAAAAUAGAGAGGAGGAAAAUUUUUUGAUAUCAAAAGUCCCAAAAGUCUUGUCUUUGACCCUCAUAUAAGCGAACAAAUGAAGGUAGCAAAUUACAGGUUGUACAAGAUUGAAAAUCAUUUGCUAACUUUUCAAGGCGUCCUCCUUGAGCUCAUGAAAUCAAAUAUUCACUGAGCUCCAGUAAUUUUUAGACAAUUUGUUUAAGUACUUCUCGGGAAAAUUCUACACCUUUUUUAAGAGAGGAAAUUCAAAGUUCACCAGCAAUAAGUUCUACCGAAGUGAAAUGUCAAUGGGCCAGUGUCAUGGUCUACACAAAAAUUCUGAAAAAACCUCAGGGGUUACCCACGCAAAUUUGUUGCCCGAAAAUCACUACACUGAACUCAGCAAAUUUUUGAUUGAAUAAGCACAGCGAAGUUGUGUUAGAUAGCUAAUGAAGCACUCUUUAAGCUUGUACAGCUCACAUUAUCUUUCUUGUAUUUCUUUUUUCACUCAUUUGAGGGUCUGGUCACAAUAAUUUUUGAACAUCCAUUGUAAUAUUAGUUGGACUUACUUAAUUUAAUGAAGGAUUUCAGUAGAUUUAUUUUAAUUUCAACACAGUUUGAAGACGAAUUUUCACAAGUGGAUUUGGUCGAAGUCUUUAACUUACUACGAACCUCUGUCACAUUAAAACAAAAUUGCCUUUGGGCGAUGGUGUGCUUACAACAUUUGGUUUUCAUGCCGGCAGCAAAGAUGACCUCAUCCAAAAUUCCUGACCCGCGUCCCGAGAUGGGUUGACAAGUGGAUAGAUACAAACAUUGGCCAAAAUUAAUCAAAUAGCUGAGUGUAGGUUUUGACUGCAGCAGCGCGUUUUUCUCCUAUUGUUUUGCAAUCCUGCCAAUCUGGUUGAAAAAGUUGACCAAAUCCACUAGCGAAAAUUCGCCUUAAUUCUCCCAAGAACCGAUAGCACCGGCUUCUUUAUCAAAGUAUUGGAUAGUUGUUACAUUAGCCAAUCGGAGCAGGGCUUGCAUAGAAUGCUUUAGCCACUAAGAGAGGGUUUUACAGAUUUCAUUCUACAAUUCUGAAGUAGCUAAGUAAUAUUUUUUCCUUUUUUCAAUAUUUAAGUAUUUUCUUCGGCAAAAACAGGCAUGAAUGUUCCCAAUUUCUUGAAGAAAUGACACAUGGUUUUGUCUUUCAUUGUAGAAAUGUGUUUAAAUUAAUUUCACUCUGCAUUUGAUUUUCAUUGUGUCCUGUGCCCGGUGAUUAGCAGAAAUCACCAUGUGUGGUAUAAAAUUUUGCAGACCACAUGGUUUUGGCUAGCAUGAUAUUGAAUCAUCUUCCUUUUUUUAAAGAUAUGUGUAUUGAAAUCUGUCUUUUUGAUGAUUGACUUUAUUUGACAUGUUUCGGUAAUGCCUGCAUUAAAUUUUGCUCUCAAUGCGAGAAAGAGGAAGAGAUUUCUCGCCAUUCGCCAUUGUCUUAGUGCACUGAUUGUUUCUGACUGCAUGUUUUUCAGAAUUAAAGUUAGGAAUUAAAAUUUCUUUUUAUGCGGUGUUUUUACAUUCUUACAAAGUUCAUUGAUGUGUAAUUGUGUACCCACUAUUGAGUUACUUAGGUACCAAAGUGUUAAUUUUAUGAAGACCCUCAGAUCUGUGUUGGUGGUUUUUAAACUGCCGUGAGAAUAUUUAUAAAAUUUGUCAGUAAAAACUUACCUGAAGGUAAAACAAUUGACUAUUUAUUGAAGCUGCAAGUAAAAAUGAUGAGCUGACCAAUCUAUAAUCACAUCAUUUUACUUAAAUGUGAAGAAAGUACCUACCUUUUAAAACAUCUAUUAAUUUAAUCAUAAGGUAUUACCUGAUUUAUUUUUCUAUGCACUGUCAUGUUUAUUAACUUAUUUUUAAUAUUGUCAAAAGUAAUUAAUGGCUUUUUUAUCCGUCUGUUUUUCUUUUUUCGUUUUUGGACUUAUUUGAGAUUGUUACAAAUAUACUGAAAUUUAGUGCUUUCA